AAGAAACCGCUAUCUAAUUUCAAUGUCGUUCAGUACAUUACAUAUAUAAGUGAACGUAAAUCUUUGAUAUGUGUCCACCUAUAAUUCUUUGCAGGCUGCAGCAGCAGGACCCGACAUUUAUCAGGGUCGACCGCAAGAGAAGAACGUCACUAAACAGUGUAGCCAAUACAUCCAAGGAAGGGGCGGGACCACGUUGCAGUAGAGGCUCGGCUAAGGGACAAGGAAGAAGACCAGGCUGACAGCGGCGCGCGAGCCACCCCAGGGGCCUCGCAGGAUAGAGUAUCCUGCCCAUGUCCUUAUGGAAGCCUGCCCUUCACCCAGUGGUACCUGCGGUUAGUAAACACGGUCAAUGUGUGCUAGGCUGUUGAGCAGUCAUGGUGUAUGCUGUCGGCCCCCUGGAUGUGCCUACAAUAUUUUCCUCACAGGAGAUGAGUUAGCCCAAGAUCCCAAUCAUUCCUGGAUAUCACAGGCAGGCCCUGUGUUUUGUGCCACCUUCUACCACAUUGCAGCAGAUUGCCUAUAUCAUGAGGUGCAGAAUUUACAAAAGGAAAGUGAUCAUCCUCACGCUGGUUGUCGCUGUCUGUGGCUUAGCCUUUUGGAACAGUGGUAGACAAAAGAAAAAUGAUUAUGUUCAGGAAUUGGACACAGAGAAAAUGCAGAAUAAAGGUCAUGCAUCACAAGGUGUUAGGAAACUGUCUAAUGAAUCUCUGGCAGAGAAAAUACAAAAGCCAGAGCUGGAUAACAUGACCUUAGUGUACAGAUCAGUGGUCUUUCAUAUGAAUUUUGAUCAAAAUAUUAAAAACUUAGAUAAAAUAACAAGCAGACCGCAGGAUGAUGUGGUGGUGGUUGUUCAAGUGCACAAUCGGCCAGAUCAUUUGAGAUUUCUUUUGGAAUCACUCAAAAAGACAAAAGGAAUAGAAAAUGUGCUGUUGGUUUUUAGUCACGAUUAUUGGUCACCUGAAAUAAAUCAAAUUGUUGCAAGUGUGGAUUUUUGUCAAGUACUCCAGAUUUUCUUUCCUUUUAGUAUCCAGCUUUAUCCUAAUGAAUUUCCUGGACAUGAUCCUAAGGAUUGUCCAAGGGACAUUGAGAAAAAAGAUGCAGUAAAGCUUGGUUGCAUCAAUGCAGAAUAUCCAGAUUCAUUUGGACAUUAUCGAGAAGCAAAAUUCUCCCAAACUAAACAUCACUGGUGGUGGAAACUCCAUUUUGUGUGGGAGAAAAUAAAGGUAUUAAAAGACCACAAGGGUCUGGUAUUGUUCAUUGAAGAAGAUCAUUAUUUGACUCCAGAUUUCUAUUAUAUCAUUAAAAAAAUGUGGAACAGAAGAAAUGAAGAAUGUACAGACUGUGAUGUACUGAAUCUGGGAACUUAUGUUCAUCCCCAGACAUUCUCUAAUAAAGCUGAUAAAGUAGAAGUUAAAACAUGGAAGUCAACUGAACACAAUAUGGGCAUGGCUAUGACUAGGGAAACUUAUCAAAAACUUAUUGAGUGUUCCGAUACCUUUUGCUCUUAUGAUGAUUAUAAUUGGGAUUGGACCCUUCAACAUUUGACAGUUACUUGUCUUCCUAAGUUCUGGAAAGUUAUGGUUCCUGAAGUUCCUAGAAUCUAUCACACUGGAAACUGUGGCAUGCAUCAUAAGAAGUCUUGUAAUCCCUCUUCAGAAAGUGCCAAACUUGAGGCUUUGUUUACAAACAACCAGCAUCAUAUGUUUCCUGAAAACGUGUCUAUUAGCAGACGGUAUACCAUGGCUGCACUCUCGCCCCAUGUGAAAAAUGGAGGAUGGGGUGAUAUUAGAGACCAUGAAUUAUGUAAGAGUUAUCCCAGAUUGCAGUAAAAAAAUGAACCUCACAAGCCUUUUUAAGUUUGUACAAUUGUAUACUGUCUUUGCUGUAUAUUCCAAAUAUUGAGGUUUAUGAAUUUGUUUACAAUCUAAUCUGAAUAGCAAUUCCUAUUGGUCCUUAAAUAAUUGUUAAUAAUUUACCCUUUGAGAAAUGAGAUCUCUAAAACAUUAUGCCUCAUUAUUUCUUACUAAUUAUGGAAUCAUGCACCAUACGUCCUCACCAUGUGUUUAUGGUAUUCAUUUUAAGAAUAAAUCAUUUACAUGAGUGAA